AUGCUGAGAAAAGUGUUGCGCCAAUGUUACUCACUUCAUCGUCCCACAUACGCAGUGCCAAGGCUUUAUCGAAGGCUUUGUUCUUCUCCUUCAGAGACCACUGCUGCUACAAUCUCCAUUGACCGUUCUUCCCUUUACAACCCACCUGAGCAUUCUCAUCACCCAACUUCCGAUUCUGAGCUCGUCAAGCACCUCAAAGGCAUCAUCAAGUUUCGGGGAGGCCCUAUUUCCCUAGGUGAGUACAUGUCCGAAGUUUUGACAAAUCCUAAAGCUGGGUACUACAUCAAUCGAGAUGUUUUUGGAGCAGAGGGUGAUUUUAUCACCUCUCCUGAAGUUAGCCAGAUGUUCGGUGAGAUGGUUGGUGUCUGGGUGAUGUGUCUUUGGGAGCAAAUGGGACAACCCCAAAGAGUAAAUCUAGUUGAGCUUGGCCCGGGACGAGGAACUCUCAUGGCUGAUCUCCUUCGUGGUGCUUCAAAGUUUAAGAACUUCAUUGAGUCAUUGCAUGUGCACUUGGUGGAAUGUAGUCCAGCAUUACAGAAGCUUCAGCACCAGAACUUGAAAUGCAUUGAUGAUGAGAAUGCUGGUCAAGAUUCUGAUAAAAUAACUGCCAGGUCUUCGUUUGGCACUCCUGUGUCAUGGCAUGCUACACUGGAGCAGGUUCCUUCAGGAUCGCCAACAAUUAUUAUUGCGCAUGAGUUCUUUGAUGCCCUACCGGUUCAUCAGUUUCAGAAAGCAUCUCGUGGCUGGAGUGAGAAAAUGGUUGAUGUGGCAGAAGAUUCAUCGUUUCGUUUUGUUCUUUCUCCACAGCCUACACCUGCUACUCUCUUUCUAUUAAAGCGGUGCCAGUGGGCUGCACCUGAGGAGAUCGCAAAACUCAAUCAAAUUGAAGUUUGCCCCAAAGCUAUGGAGUUGACCCAGACCAUUGUUGAAAGGAUAAGUUCUGAUGGUGGUGGAGCUCUAAUCAUUGACUAUGGCUUGGACGGAGUAAUCUCGGACAGUCUCCAGGCAAUUCGGAAACACAAGUUUGUGAACCUUCUAGACAAUCCCGGAUCAGCUGAUCUCAGUGCAUAUGUAGAUUUUGCUUCCAUUAGGCAUUCUGCAGAGGAAGCUUCAGGUGAAGUGUGUGUUCAUGGGCCAAUUACUCAAUCUGAAUUUCUUGGUGGGCUUGGAAUAAAUUUUCGUGUUGAGGCACUCCUUCAAAACUGCACGGAGGAGCAGGCUGAGUCAUUGAGGACAGGGUACUGGCGUCUUGUAGGUGAUGGUGAAGCACCCUUUUGGGAAGGAGGCGAUGAAGGUGUUCCUAUUGGUAUGGGUACUCGCUACAAGGCAAUGGCUAUUGUCAACAAGAACCAGGGUGUUCCACUUCCUUUUCAGUAAACCAAAGCAAAGCCUAGUCAAAUUAAAAUUUCCUACCAAUUAGUGUGCCAGAAUUGAACUUUCCUCAACACAGUUGGUUUUGAGGUUCACUUGACUUUAUGAGGUACUCGAUCAACGGUUGGCACUUGUAAUGCUUACAAUUUUUUCUUCUUCUAUUGAUUUAUUUUUAGAUGCCUGUUUAACAGCUUUUUGGUGUAUUGCAAGAGAUACACGAUGUAACAUUCUUGUAACAAUUUUAAUGAUGCAAGCAUUACUUUUAUACGU